AUGUAUCGACAAGUAUUAAUACACAAGGAAGAUCGCGAUUAUCAACGCAUAUUGUGGAGAUCCGAUCCAAAUAAUGAAAUUAAAAUUUAUAAAUUAUGCACAGUUACGUACGGUUUAGCACCUGCAGGAUUUUUGGCAGUAAGUUGUGUUAACCGCGUUGCUGAAGACACCGCAAACGUAAAACUAAAAGAAAUUAUAAAAAACGAUUUCUGUGUUGACGAUUGUCUUACCGGAGCGGAUACAUUGACGGAAGCAAUACAAUUACGUAAUGAACUAAUUUCAGUUAUGCAUAAGGCAGGAUUUGAAUUAUCUAAAUGGACAGCAAAUCAUAAGAAUCUAAUCCCGGACACAAAUGAAAACGAAGCAUCGGCUGUAUCAAUGGAUAAAGAGAGUGUGAAGACGUUGGGCUUAUAUUGGGAACCAAACAGUGAUUAUUACACCUACGUCGUUCAAACUCCGAAAACAAACAUUAAGGUAACCAAAAGAGACAUUAUUGCUGGACUAGCAACACUAUUCGAUCCAUUAGGUUUAGUAGGUCCAGUAAUAUUAGUGGGCAAAAUAUUAUUACAAGAUUUAUGGCGUGAAAAAAUAGGAUGGGACAGUCAAAUUCCACCACACAUGCAAUUGGUGUGGGACGGUUAUAUCAGUUGCUUAAAUGAGCUCAAUUCAUUUAAUAUACCACGUUGGCUUGGAUCUGAUAAUGAUAAACAAAUCGAAAUACACGGGUUUGCAGAUGCGUCCAUGAAAGCGUACGGCGCCUUGUGUGCCAAAUCUCGUAUUACGCCAAUAAAGGUAAUUUCUAUUCCUAGAUUAGAACUGUGCGCGGCGCUACUCUUAUCACGUUUAAUGUCCACAAUUAUACCAGCACUUAACAUAAGUGUGUCUAAAAGAUAUUUUUGGACAGAUUCUACUGUCACUUUGGCCUGGCUAGCAGCAGAUUCCGGCAAGUGGAAAACAUUUGUUGCAAAUCGCGUCAGUGAAAUCCACACUUUAACUAAUAGAUUGGAGUGGGGACAUGUAAAAUCGAUCGACAAUCCAGCUGACGUAUUGUCACGAGGGUGUACGCCAAACGAAUUAAAAAACAAUACGCUUUGGUGGCACGGUCCGGUAUGGUUAAAGAAUAAUGAAUUUAAAUGCUCAACAGCAUACACCGAAGAUUACGAAAAUAUAAAUGAUAUUAAAAAUGAAGAAAGGAUCACGCCUAUUGUGGUGUGUACAACAAAGGUGGGCGCGUUAUUCGAUAUUGAUAAGUAUUCGUCGCUGAACAGAUUAUCGCACGUCGUUGCGUAUUUGUUACGAUACAAAAACAACUCAUUAUCAAAACGUAAUAACAUUCCGCGAAUUACCGGCCCGCUUAAUGUAUACGAGAUAUCAACCGCAAUAAAAGCAAUAAUUAAACUAUUACAAGGCUUAUAUUUCUCUUCCGAAAUUAAGGAUUUAAAAGGCAAACGUAAUGUGUCGUUGAGUAGUAAGAUAUACAAAUUAAACCCGUUCAUAGAUGAUGAUGGCAUCGUGCGCGUGGGUGAUUAA